AUGAACCAGAAUGGGCUAUCGAGUAGAAUAUUUGGAGGGAAAGUUAUUGUUUUCGGUGGAGAUUUCCGGCAGAUUCUUCCUAUUGUUCCAAGAGCAUCCUGUUCCGAUAUUGUUCAUGCAUCAAUAUUCUCAUCUUAUGUGUGGGACUACUGCAAGGUCCUCACUCUAACAAAAAACAUGAGGCUUAAGAAUGGUAAAGGUAAUAACAACAAUAAUGAAAUAACAGAGUUCUCGAAAUGGAUAUUGGAUGUCGACGAUGGUAGGAUAUCCGAACCAAAUGAUGGAUUGGUUGAUAUAGAGAUCCCUCGGGAAUUAUUAAUUACAGAUUUUGAAGAUCCCAUUCAAGCCAUCGUUGAAAGCACAUACCCGGAUUUGUUGCAGAAUUAUUAUCGUCUUUAUUAUUUACAAGGCAAAGCAAUUCUUGCAUCAACAAUUGAAGUUGUUGACAAAAUCAAUCAUUAUAUUUUGGAUCUAAUACCAGGAGAAGAAAAGGAAUAUCUCAGUUUUGACAAGAUAGAUAAAACUGAUGCGACUUACACUGAAGCUUACGAAGUUCUAACACCUGAAUUCUUGAGUAAUCUAAGAACAUCCGGUCUACAAAAUCACAUUCUCAAAUUGAAGGUUGGUACACCAAUUAUGUUGAUGAGAAAUUUAGACCAAUCUCAAGGAUUGUGCAAUGGCACAAGACUUAUUGUUACAAGAUUAGCCAAUCACGUCAUUGAGGCAAGAAUUAUUUCUGGCAAGAAUAUAGGUAACCUCUUUUACAUUCCUCGAAUGUCUAUGUCGCCGUCAGAGUCUCCGUGGCCAUUUAAGUUGAUUAGGCAACAAUUUCCAAUAAUUGUCUCUUAUGCCAUGACAAUUAAUAAAUCCCAAGGUCAAUCCCUUGAUACUGCUGGAUUAUAUUUGCCUACUCCCGUGUUUAGUCAUGGUCAAUUAUAUGUUUCCAUAUCGAGAGUUACCAACAAAAACGGUCUAAAGAUAUUGAUUCAUGACAACGACAGUGUUCCGUGCUCGACCACUACAAAUGUAGUGUACAAGGAAGUUUUUCUAUCACUUUAUUAA